ACCAGUUUGACCCAAAUUCGGCUUUGUUUCCCAUUGUCUUCCAUCUCAAUGGAUGUCCCGGACCGCAGAGCGGAUUGUAUACUCCCUCCACUGCCCCCUCCAACCGACAUCCCGGCCCGCAGCGCCGACCAUGUGCCUCCUCCCCUCCCCUCUCCUGAUCUUGCAUGGGAAUGGGGCGAACCAAAUGAGAUCAGCGGGCCGAGCUUUAAUACACGGGCUUUUCAACCUGGAUCAAGCCUCCACUGGAGGUUUGGAAGUAGAAGGAGCCGCCUGGACGAGCAGCCAGAAUUACCGCAUCGAAGAAGAUUUACAUCAACCAUCGAAUACGACAAUGCCGGGGCAAGCACGGAUCCGGAAAUAGGAACAAACCUGCAUCCACUAAAUGCGAGCUAUACGAGCUUGGUCCCCAAAGGCAUUGCGUCAGAUAGAUCAAAAUCCGAAGAAGCAUCAUCUGCUGGGAUUGGUUUCCAGAAUUCAGUCCACGAACGGUUCCGAACAAAUGCGCAAGCACAUGAUAAGUCGGUGUUGGAGAAACUGAGUGCUGGGAGGGAUCCGGACUACGCUCCGCCGAGAUCUUCUUUUCCGCCCCUUUCGCGUCCGUCUUUUUUCAGGCCAGAAACUGAUAAUCCAUACCCAAGGGAUCCAUUCAGUUGGUGGGCCGAGAUAGGUCCUCUUUCAUUUCAAAACAACGACGACUUAACUGAGCCUCUUGAUAAUGUGGCUGGUCAGAAACGACGAGCCUCUUCUCCGCCGCCACUAUCAGCUAUUGUCGACUCGCCGUGGCUCCCUCCAGAGAAUGAGCCAAAAUUUGAGCCUUCAGCUUUCGACCCUUUCAAUCCUAGUCCUGCGGGUUCAACCUCCUUGAAAAAUCGUUACCAACCAUCAUUGGAGAGACAACCACUCGAGCCUUCCGAGAAUCGACAGACAUUUCAAGGCAUUCUAUUUUGAAUUACAGCCCUAGCACUUCAAAUGGCUGUGGCGGACGUAACAUUCCGCGUUUCUACUACUUAUGCCAGUGUUGUCCAAUAAAGCCUAAAGAGUUCGAGACUCAAGCAGAGCUGAACGCACAUGAACAAGAAAAGCCG